AUGUAUGUUUUCUUCGCCUUUGGUGUCUGCUGUGCCGUGGGACACCACCUGUUCUACUCUGCAUUCAAUGGACGGCCGGCCGAUAACCUCAUCGUGAUGCUGCGUUAUGGCACCAUCCUGGCGUUCGCGGCCAAGGCUGGUUUGGCGGCUGCCGCCAUCACCGCUUUUAGACAGCGGAUUUGGACCACGGUCAGGUCUAAGCUGCUUAGUGUUGCCGCGUUGGAUUCGUUGUUCGCGGCGACCGAGGAUCUCGCUGCGUUGUUGAACCUGGAGAUCUACAAAAGUGCCACCUUGGCCAUGGUUUUGGCUGUCUUUAUUUGGUUGACCCCGCUGGUAAUUAUCCUCACCAGCAAUACUCUCACGGUCGAGUUGGCCUUCUUUGAGGAGAAGGGUAUGUGCCCUGGAGUGAAAACGUUGAAUUUCACCAUGGAGUCUCUUGAGAACUGGCGAUUGGCGAAGAAGAUCAAUGGUCUGUUUGGUAUCUCAACCUCUCUGUACAAUACGACCGCGACCAACAUCUCUGAUCCAUACUGGUUUGACUACUAUACCGGGCCAAGCAUGGGAUUUGCGCAGGUUGCUACCCUUGGGAUGUUCUCGCAGCAGGCGAUGCAGCCCAAGGAUGCUGGUCUCGAGAUAUGCGGUCCCGGUUGGAAUUGCACCUAUGUCGUCAACUUCACUGCACCUGGCUACCAGUGUUCGGAUAUCGCCAGCGGAGUCAAUUCACGGAUGAAUAAGCUGGGCAAUAAUACUGCUCCAUUCGAUACAAGCAUUCUUCUCCCGGAAGGCAACUUCAGCUACUACGCAUACACGAGCGGUGGUGAUUACUCACCCACCCAAUUGAAGCCAGAAUACAUCGACGUUGGUGGUGUCCCUAUAGGCAUUGAGCCCCCCUGGCCGCAUCAUUUUGGCGCUCUUCGUACGGAGCCAAUCCUGUGGAUCGGCCAUUCCGUGAGAACCAACAAGACCGACCCAACUCCUAAUAAUCGGACUGAGCCAGGUUGGGAUGACGCUUUUACACCCAAGAUCUUUGCGUGUGAGCAUUACGAGACACAUUACACAGUUUCCUUUAAUUGGACUGGGGGACAGCAGUUCUCCAAUGUGAUGAAGAGGGAAUAUUUAAAACCUGUCAUCGACACGACGUUCAUCCCUAGCGUGAAAGCCAUGGAUGGAACGAAUGACAAUACCACGGCCUAUCCGGAGAGCAACUACUGGUAUCCAAGCGCCGACCAAACGGAGAUGCAACCAUACCGGCGAGUCGCAGCCUUUCACUCGAUUGGUGCCGUUCUUCGCGAUUUCAUAAACGGCACGGUGAACUCCGAGUCGAUCUUGAACCCCAUCGCGGUGGGGAAGGCCAUUCAAACCAAAGUCCUCGACCCGCGCAGUGAAUACUUCCCCCACUCAGAACUAGCGCCGAUAAUUCAGGAAGUCUACGAAGAUGUCAUUUUAUCCAUGUUCUCAGACCCGCGCUUUCUGGCCAUAGUCUGGGCCCAGAAGCCAUGGGAGAAGAGCGGCACGCUUCCCGGUGACGAAUCAACGGCGUAUCCCUGCAACCGGUCGCGGGACGUGGUGGUCUACAAGUACGUAGCUCGAGACCUCUGGAUCGUCUACAGUCUCGCCUUCGUCUUCUCCAUGAUCGCAAUCGGACUGGGCACUGCAGCAGUGCUGGAAAACGAGGGCGUGCUGCGCAACACGCGCUUCUCGAGCAUUGUGGCGGCGACGCGGGGGCCGGCGCUGGAGAGGGUGAUGUGGAGGGAAGAGAGAGGAGACGUGCCGAGGGAUAUUAAAAACUUGAAGGUCGGGUACGGGAUUGUGCAUCGGGCGAAUGCGCUCGGCGUUACGGAGGACACGAGGUAUCCUGAGCGGACGCUGUGGGACGGGGGGGAGAUUAGGUACGGGUUUGGGUUGGAGGGUGAUGUCAGGCAGGUGAAGUGA